GGUUUCUUCUAUAUAGAAACACUAUAAAAUACAGUGUUUAUUCAAAUUUUUUUUUCUUUUUCAGUUUGUUUAUAAUCGUAAAUGCACAUGCCCUUGUUUUGGUUUCCAGAAAGGUUAACAUUUCUUGGUAAUUUCAUCAAAGUAAUGUGUUUAAUGUAAAAUGGGUUUUCCCAAACUAUUUGUUAGAACUUGUUUAUGGGACACAGGGUCCAGGAUUGUUGGAUAUAAAGCCUAUUUUAGCAAAUAUGGAUCUACAAAAUACUGAAAAGUCACUUUAACAGCAGGUAGCCUCUUAGUCAAGACCUACUAAAGUCUUCAGAACAGCCAUCAGAAUUUGUGAUUUUUUUUUUUUAGUACAUUAUUUAUAUAUAUAUAGUAUUAAAUGUUUCUAUUUUGCUCGUAUUUCAAUAAAAUUACAUUUAGACAUAUCAUUUCAAUUCCGCUGAAUGUAAUCGAUGCCUCCCUCUAUAUUUAUAACUUAAUUUAGUUAUAGAGAAGCAUUAUUUCCCUAAAUACUAUUUAUAAUAUAAAAAGUAUUGUUAUAUAAUAUAUCAUAUUAUUAUAUAAAAUAUAUAAUUAUUUCACUAACACUAUUUAAAAAUUUUACUGUUCUGAAUGAAUGAGAGGUGGGAUGAUAGAUGCAGCUGCUUUCAUCUCUGCUGUUAUAGCAUCACCUUUAUCCAUGAACCUAGCAGCAGAGAGGAUCAUUACCUAAGGUAAAAGUCAGUCACAGCCAAUAAUCACAGUGUCUGACUACAAAUAAAAGCAUGGUGUGAUAAAGGCUCUGCUGGCUAGUGAAGGUGCAGACUGACUGUCAAACCCGAUUGGAUCUUUGCAAGAAGGUGCUGAUGCAAGCUUUUAUAAUAGCGUAAAUAAAACUAUUUCCAAGUCCUUUUUCAUAAAAUAUAUUUGCAAAUGUCAAAAUAGAUUCCCAGGGAGACACACUUUUUUUUAUUUGGCUCUACAAGUUGGAAAGAUUGCUGUCUUUUGGUCUACACUGUUCUUUUUUUUUUAUCCUUUCCACAAGAAUCCCAAAAAGCCUGAGACCCAUAUUAAUGGUGGUUUUCUGUUUUGUUUCUGUUGUUGUGUUUUCCAGUUGUUUGUCCCUGAUUCUACCAGUGCUAUAAACCCGACCCAGCCGAAAAUGCCAUCCAACAAUUUUAUCCUCUGCAGCCUGUCCUAUUUCUCUGUCACUUUCUCCUUAUUUCUCUCGCUCUAUUGCUCUGUCUGUCUGUCUCUCAGUAAAAUGUUGACUACAGAUUCACGCCAUUUGAUUCUCGCACAACAUCCAAUAUUAAAUAGUGUAAAAAGUCUAUUAUAAAAAGGCUUUAGCUGGCAGGUCACACUUAUCCAAUUUUGCUGUUGUUCCUCAUUGUUCUCACACACUCACAUCUAUACUUAAGAUCAUUUUAGAUAGCUAUAAAAUGGCCACCAGCAAAAGCCUUCUGGAAAAAAAGUCGUCUGUGGGUUUAAAUUUUUUCCUCAUUGUAGGGUAAGUCAGUCCAUUAGUAAUGAAACUGUCCUUUGAUGUUGAUCCCGAAUCAUAAACUCUGUUUUGUCUAUUUUGAUGUGUUUGUGUGCUUUAUAGCGAAGCGGUCGACGUGAGUCGCUUGUUCAAAAAAACAGCUAAUGAAAAUUGAAAGCAGCUCCCCUGGACAGCCGGCUGUGUGCUUGCUUACAUUUGGUUCAUGACUUAGAAAAAGUACAGGAGUGAUCCCUGAUGAGUCCAAAGCUCUGUCGCUGAUGGCUCCAGCCAACGCCGUCGCAGGAAUGUUGCCAGGCGGCGGGCUUCUCCCCACACCUACUCCAGUACCAUCUAUUGGUGGUGUUCCUCUUGGCUCUCUGGGUGGACCCGGCAUGGAUGCUAUGGCAGCUUUAGGUAUUCCUGGACCCAAUAUGAACCCUCAGUCUUUGUCGGCUGAGCAGAUUAUGAAGCUAAUGGCGUCAAUGGAUCCCAAGUUAAAUCCCCUGGCUGCCGGAUUAAACCUAAACGCUGGACUAAAGGCAGAUGCGUCAAACAAGGAGAUUGAGGAGGCCAUGAAAAGAGUGAGAGAGGCACAAUCUCUGAUCUCUGCUGCCAUUGAGCCAGGAAAUAAGAAGGAUGACAAAAGGAAGCAUUCAAGGUCGAGGUCAAGGUCACGGAAGAAGAGAUCGAGGUCUCGCUCCAAAUACAGGCGUUCCAAGAGUCGGUCACGGCGACGGUCUCGCUCCAGGAGCAAGAGGAGGUCUAAAAGCCCCCGCAGGAGGAGAUCUCACUCUAAAGACAAGAGGAGGCACUCCAGAUCAAGGGAUCGGAGGAAGCGCUCAAAAACUCCACCGAAGAGCUACAGCAGCGGCAGACGCUCCCGUAGCAGCAGCCGCAAACGCCACAGGCGGAGCCGCAGCAUCUCCCACUCACCCAAAAAGUCCAGAUCUCCGAAGAGGAGGCUCUCUAGAUCUCCUUCUCCCAGGAGGCAUAAGAAAGAAAAGAAGAAGGACAAGGAGCGUGAAAGAGACCGGGAAAGAAAAGAAGACCAAACCCGAGACAAGCGAGAGCGUUCCACCAGCAAGAAAAGCAAAGACAAAGAGAAGGAACGAGACCGGAAGUCAGACGGUGAAAAGAGCGAUGUGAAGGUGAUCCGGGAUUAUGAUGAAGAGGAGCAGGGCUAUGACAGUGAACACGAGGAAGAGCGGGAAAGGAGUCCGGACAUGGCUGCGUCUCCGCAGGCCGACGACGCCGGGAGAGGAGAGUCAGACCAGCAGAGUGAUGAAGACAUGGACAUGAGUGACUGAUGGCAUGCACAGCAGCAGCACAUGAUUCUAACCUACCUUUUAGAAAUUUGCUCAUGUAUCAUUUAUGGAUAUAAAUUAAGUGAUAGUUUGGCCAAAACAUUAAUUGGUUUGUGUUUUUUUUUUUUUUUCUUCUUCCUCUUACAGCAAAUUUAGUCAGUUAGACCAGACGUGUUUGGUGUUCACAAUUUGCUCACAUAAUUUUGUACUGGAAUAAGCCAAACAAUGUGUUUCUGUGUGUGAGAGAGUGUGUGUGUGAGUGAGUGAGUGAUUCGGAUGUUUUAGACGUCUGGCUGAUCAGCUACAUUUGGAAUAAAAGGAACAUUGUAUAAAUGUUCUCAACUUUCACUUUGAGGUUAUUCUCAGCAGACCUGGUUUUGUUCGGGAUGUUUUUCAUCAUGUACACUAGAAAUUUUUUUUUUACGUGACUCUCCAUCUCCCUCCAUAUUGCUGUACUCCUCCGUAAAAUGUACUUUUAAUUCUUUUAAUAGCCUGCCAUCCAUCUUUUGAAACCUUUUUUUUCCAGUGUAAAAAGAUAUCAUUGGAGUAUUUGUGUUAUCUGCAUUAAACAAAACUGAUUCGCUUUCUGUUUCACACCUUAAUCAUUAAAAAAAAACAACGCCGUAGUACAUGUGACACUUUUGUGUUUUGCAGGGGUGCUGUGGACAAGUGGAAAAAUCACUACAUCAUGUUUUUUGGGAUUUUUUCUGAUUGAAUUUAAAGUGGCAACUGUUAAUUUUACUGUGAAUAUUACUGGUCAGUGGGCUUGAUCUUGAUUUGUUUUUUUCUCUGCUCACAAGUUAACAUAAAAAAAAAAUCGUAAAUGAUUUACAGGGAGGGAAAACAUUUUUACUAUUUUAGGUUUAAGAAGGGUAUGGGAGAGAGUAUUAAUAUUACCGAUAGUGCACACAGGGGUGUAUACGGGAAUUGUAGAUUUGAUUCGAUUGUUAUAACGCACAAGCCUACUGGUCAGACGUUUAUCGCAUUUUGUGUUCUGUUGGGUUUUUUUUAUUCUUCAUAUCCCCCAGACUGUAGAUUUCUUUAGAGAAUGGUUCAUUCUAAUUAUUAUUUGCGGUGUCGUGAAAGUUGACAAUAAAACUUUAAGUAUUGUGA